AUGCUGACCAUCAAGACACUCCAAUUCUCAUUAGAUGCAAGGACGUAUACACUGAUCCUGUUAUUACACAAGUCUGUCACCACUCCUUCUGCACCUCUUGCAUCCUGGAGUGCAUUCAACAUGAUCCACAACUUACAUCCAAACCUAGCUCUUGCUGGAACUAGUAAAGAAGUGUAUCAGCAUACAAAGUCCUGUCCGUUUGAGGGCAUUAAAGGCUACAUCCUGCUGAAUGAGGCUCGGAUAGCUAAAUUAGAAGCCAAGAUCGUGGCUCAAUCUCGCGAGAUCGAGGAUUUGCGGAAUGGCCAUACGUCUUUGACUAUUCCAUCACCUCCACCAUUGACUACUACAACAUCAUCUGAAUCAGUGAACGAGAUACCGAUUUGGCCCACAGGGGACAUUAGAUGUCGAAGAACAAUCCUAGACCAUCGAACAGGAGUUACAUCAUUAGCCUACUAUGAGGGUAUCAUAUUUUCAGGCUCGUAUGAUGGAAGCAUGAAGGCAUUUGAUGCAGAAACUGGGCAGCUGAAACGAACGAUGAACGGUCACAAUCUGUCUGUUUGGGCACUAGCUACUCAUGCUGCUAGCAAUCGUUUGUUCAGCGGUGGCUCAGAUGGAACUGUCAAGGCUUGGGCAUUGAAUUCAAAUACAUCCAAUGAAGAACCAAAGGGCAUUGAUACUUCUGGAGCCAAGGUCUACUCGUUGGCCAUUGCCAAGAAUAGACUCUUUACAGCCUCGUCUGAUAAGACUAUCAAGGUGUAUGAUAUCGAGACACUAAACAAAGUGGCAACAUUCAUUGGUCAUGCAGAUGGCGUGAAUGCUUUGAAAAUGUUGGGUGGUGAUAGAUUAGCUAGCGCCGCUUCGGACAAGACAAUCAAGAUAUGGGAUUUGAAUACAGGAACGACCAUCUCUACCAUGUCAGAUACUGCCAGUGAAGUAUUGGACCUGAGUCAUGACGGAGGACAAAUGUUGUUUUCAAGUUCAUAUGAUUCCAACAUUGCUGUAUACAAUCUGAAUGACUACUCAAGAAUACGGACACUUAGUGGACACCAGUGGGAGGUUUGGCAACUUCAAUAUACAGAUGGAGCCCUGUUUUCGAGCAGCCAUGACCAUACCGUAAAGAGAUGGGAUGUACGGAUGACAUUCUUGAAUGAUUUGACAUUAAAGGGUCACAAGGGCUUUGUUCAUGCUCUAUGUAUAGGCAAUCGCGAACUACUAUCUGGUGGAGCUGACAAGACUAUUCGGAUAUGGAGGUAA